AGGUGAACCGCUUAUAUAUAAUAAAGACCCAAUUAGUAAGUAGAUCAAACACAAAUCAAAUCAGCCAUACAUGGAUCUAAUCAUGCUUUUUCUUCUCUCUGCUCUCUUCAUCUUCCCUGUUUUAAUCUUAAUUAAGUCUCGGCUUCGUCCCAAGAACAAGAAGAGUACAGCACCUAUGGUCCCCGGAGCAUGGCCAUUGCUCGGUCAUUUACAUUUAUUUGACACCGUAAACCCGACUCACGUUACGUUUGGGGCAAUGGCUGACGUGUAUGGACCGGUGUUCAUGGCAAAGCUUGGCUCUAUCAAAGUCAUGAUCAUAAACAGCAAAGAAGUGGCCAAAGAGAUUUACACGGUCCACGACAAGCUCCUAGAACGACCAGAACUUACUGCGUCUAAGCUUCUAGGCUACAACGACUCGUUCUUGACGUUUAGUCCUUACGGUCUUUACUGGAGAGAGAUACGGAAGAUUGCAGUAUCCGAGCUUUUCUCGACAUCCGGGGUUGAUAUGCACAUGGUUAGUAGAGCACGUGAGGCUGACUUGGCAUUUAGAGCCUUAUACGUUAGAUGGGAGAAAAGAGGUAAGCCUAAAGAAGGAGUCUUGGUGGACAUGAAGCAAGAGUUCAUAGAUCUAACUGCGAACAUCUCAUUGAUGAUGGUCUCGGGGAAGAGAUACUUUGGUGAAAACCCGAACUGCGAAGUGAAAGAAGCUAGGAGAUGCGGGAAGCUGAUUCGGGAGUUUUUGGAUUACUUCGCACUAUUUUUGUUGUCCGAUGUGGCACCAGUUCUAGGUUUUCUUGAUUGGAAGACCAAGAGAGGAAUGAAGAGAACGGCUAAAGGGUUGGAUAAAGUUGCUGAAGGUUGGAUUGAAGAACACAAGAACAAGAGGAGUGAUCACGGUAGGAGUGAAAAUGACUACUUGGAUAUACUCAUUAAGAUAUUGGGACAAGACAAGAUUCCUGGUUUGAGUGAUACUCACACGAAAAUUAAAGCCCUCUGCCUCAACUUGGUAUUGGCAGGGAGCGAGACGGCCAUUGUGGUUCUGGUUUGGGCGGUAUCCUUGCUCUUGAACAACCCGCAUGUCUUGAGGAAAGCUCAGGAGGAGCUGGACAGCAAAAUUGGAAAGGAGAGAGUUGUGGAAGAGUUAGACAUCAAAGAUUUGGUUUACCUCCAAGCCAUUGUCAAGGAGACAUUUCGUCUAUACCCACCAGUCCCUCUCGUUGCUUACAGAGCUGUGGUGGAAGAUUUCGACAUUGCAUUUUGCAAAUGUCAUGUACCUGCAGGUAAUCAAAGGCUACAUUACCAAUUAAUCUUGAGAUUAAAGUUCAACAAAUAUUACCAUAUUACCAAAUGUCGUUAGUUCAACUGGUAAAGAUCCUACGCGAAGCUUAGAGAUCACAUGUUCGAGUGACGUUUUAGACGAAACUAAUAUUAUAAGUUGUGGUUUCCGGAGUAGAGGGAUUAUGGGUUUUGGUUCAUAACCUUCUGGGACACAAUUGAUGGUGAGUGCAUGGAAGAUUCACAGGGAUCCAAAUGUUUGGUCGAACCCCGAACAGUUCGAGCCAGAGAGAUUCUUGACAUCUAAUAGAGAAUUGGAUGUUGGCGGGCAGAGUUACAAGUUUUUUCCAUUUGGGUUGGGACGAAGGUCAUGCCCCGCAAUCCCCCUAGGUAUGAGGAUGGUGCACUAUCUCCUAGUCAGGUUUUUGCACAGCUUUGACUUGGCAAGACCAUCGAGUCAAGAUGUGGACAUGACCGAGAGCAAUGGAUUGGUCAAUCACAAAGCCACCCCUCUUGAAGUCAAUAUCAUUCCUAGGCUUCAUAAAUCUCUAUAUGAAGUGGAUCAUAUAGGGACUGAUAAUUAGUACAUUGUUCGUGGCCACUGAGUUAAACAAAACAAUGCCGGGUCUGUUCCAUGAUUUUAAAUUUGUUAUGCUAUUUGUGGAAGAUUAAUUUCAUGAAAAUAAGUAUUUUGGAAUAUGGUGGUUAUCGUAAAUUUUUCUAUCAUAAAUUUGUUGAAAUUAUCAAUAAGUUAUUUAUAUUGUAAAUUUUGGGGAGUGAAUUUUGACUCGAGAUAUUCAAUCCAAUGAAAAGCACAUCCAUUAUCG